AUGGGGGACGCGCGGGAGAAUCAAGGUGUCGGCGGCGAAGUUUCCAGACUCGUGGAGCAAGCUAAGGAUUUGCAGGACUCUGCGGCGGCUCUAAUUAACCGCACAUCUCGUGAAGAAGAGGUGCUCCGCCACCGCGUCGCCUCACUCGAUUCCCGCAUCAGCUCCCUCCGCUCUUCCGUCCGGAAUACUGAGCACGCCGACAGAUUGGAAGAGGAGUUAAUUAGAGCAAAAUAUAUAUUGAGUGAAGGAGAUGCAGCAGCAUUUCUUCCCAUUAAAUCUCAUGGGAGGUUUCUCAGGAUGUUUUUGGGUCCCAUUAAUGUUCGGGCUAACAGGAAGGAUGUGCAGUUGAAAGUAAAAGAGGAAUACAAUCACUUCAGGGAUAGAACCGCAUAUUUAUUCCUCUUUUUUCCGUCACUGCUUUUGAUGUUAAGCUCGUGGAUAUGGGAUGGAUGUCUGCCUGCAUUGCCAGUUCAACUUUACCAGGCGUGGUUGCUGUACCUUUACACGGGGUUAGCUCUAAGGGAAAACAUUUUGAGAGUCAAUGGAAGUGAUAUACGUCCAUGGUGGAUUAAACAUCACUAUUGUGCUAUGGCUAUGGCCCUCAUAAGUCUAACUUGGGAGAUAGAGAGGGGACCAGAUUGUGCCCGGAAACAGACUGGGGUACAGCUAUUCCUCUAUUGGGCAAUAAUGCAAGGGUUUGCCAUGAUUCUUCAGAAUAGAUAUCAAAGGCAAAGACUGUAUACACGUAUUGCAUUGGGAAAGGCAAAGAGAAUGGAUGUUGUUUGGGGAGAAACUGCUGGUGUGAAGGGUCAGUUAUUGUUUUUGUGCCCUGUACUCUUCGUCUUACAGGGUUUUGAAGCAUACCUUGGACUGAAGUUGCUUAAAACUGCACUUGCUGGAUUUAGUUCUGACUGGCAGGUAAUUACCUGUGGGAUUCUUCUCAUCAUCAUGGCUGUUGGGAAUUUCGCCAACACAGUGCAGACGCUGGUAACAAAGUCUCGGGUUAAAGCCAGGAUGAGAGGAAGGAACAGGCAAGAUGCGGAUCAGGGAUCCGAUGGGAAGAGUUCGUAA